UGAUGUUAUUUUUACGCCCAUGCAUCAUCUUUGUAUUCACCAUUGCUUUUGACCCUCUCCUUUCGACAGGCAAGGACACAGAAUUGUUAACUCUCUUUGAGGGAAGGGAGGAGGGAAAUGCGAGGAAGCCAGGUGUGAUAAUUAUCUUGGGAUGGAAACCCAGGUUGUUCCCAUCUUCUUCACACCUUCGGUUCAGUCUUCUCUCGUGUUGCUUCUUCAAGACAUCUCUUUGUGCCAAAACUAGGUCCCCUCUUGAUCUGGAUGGAGGGGAAGGCGACCUGAGGGGAAGGGAGGGGUUGAGAAUUCUGAACCCGAGGGACAAGGAGGUUACUAAAUGCGGCCCUGCAUCUGACAGGAACGGUUGGGGAUUUGCUAUUGUUGCUUGUUACUGGUAGGCGAUGGCUGUCUAAGACAGCAGUCGAAUCAAGUAGCGAGAGCAAGUUGGCCUUGGUAAGUAUUCAUGUAUGAUUACAGUACGACAGAAGGUAGAGAGUCUGUCAUGAGAGUGGAACUCCAUUGCCGUACUUAUUAAGUGGGCUGUAGCGAAUAAGAAUGAUAAUC